UUCCUUCUUCUUUCACAAUGGCCGCCGCAGUUGUCACUGGAAUAAUCAUAGUACUGGCUGCAAUGUUGUUCAAUUUCUCCGUCCAUAAAAUAGAUGAAGGUGAGAGAAGAGUUCGAAACAUGAAAACCAGAGAUUUUGGUUGCAUUGAAAAAUGCAUUUCACAUGAUUUUGUCCAGUUUCGUUUUGCUUUUUCAAGAAGCCUCAUUUGAAAUCAGCACGUUUUCUUUGAAGGCCCGAAAGAAUUGCUAUUGUGAGGAAAUUAUGCACCUCUAAGAGAUUAAUUUCCCCUUUUUUUUGGUUGAAGUGGUGCAUAUCAAUGAUGUACUUUCUUAGCUAAUAAUGAUACCGUAUCGCAAGAGCUGCAGGAGAGACGCUGAAGUAUCUUAUCAUUCCGACUCGUUUCCUCUACAGCUGAGAGUUUUAUUCUAAUGCUUAACGAAAAAUGCAUUGAAGAUUAGCUUUACCCUCCCGUCUUCUCUUAGCUGACUGAGUGCGAAUUCUAUAAGCUAACAGAGUACAAUUUUAAAAUUUGCUGUAAUUCCAGAGGGAAAUUAAUUAUUAUUCACAAGCUUAAGCUAACAAUGCAGGUGGUUUGCCAGCGUCUAUGAAUUAAUAAGUAGAAAUGAAACAAAGAAAGCAGAGCUAAGCACGUAGCAUGCAAUUUUAAAGAAUGAGACAAUGGUGGUGUUAACCCUUGCUCUUUUAUUAUAUUUUCAUACCAGUUUACUGUGUUGUCCUUCAUACAUUCCUCAUAAUCUCAACUCUGAGAGUUUGGUGUGAAAUCAACUGAUGUUUUGCAGCAGAUAUUUUAUCAUUAAUCUCAUUAUCUCUCUUCGUGACAUUGUAUUGUUAUUGUAAGAAGAACUUCCCUAUGUAAUACCUGGUAGCUAAGGGCUUUAACCAGUAAUGAGAGUGUAAUAAACAAUCUAGGUAAAUUCAUGAAUAUCAAAUGUGCCAACAAAAAAAAAUUAAUAUUCAUGCAUUUAAUCUGCAUAAAAUCUGGCAAAUUGGUGGUAGAGAAUAUAGUGUGUACCAUACAUUGUGUUUUUAGAGCCUUUUGAUAUUUAGAGGAGGUUGAAGGAUCACACAGAGAUGCGAAAAAACAUGGAAAUUCCCAAGAGUGUUUCUCAGUGCCUAAUUGAUAACCCCAGUGUCCCCUUCCCCCCAAAACAUUUAUGUCUUCAUUAGAUGAUUCCAUAUUGAUAAGUAUGGAAAAUUCUGAAAGAAUACUGUGUUUUGGUGAUAUUUUUAAAGGCAGGCAUCGCAUCAUUGUGACUAGUGAUAUUCUGUAAAACCUCACUAAUUAUUUGCUUUUACCUUAUUGUAGGUCAUGUUGGAGUUUAUUAUCGAGUGAGUUCAAUAAUUCCUCAAAUGCUCAUUGGAAACCCAUACAAGCACUUAGUAUAAAAAACUUCAUAAAAAUAAUUUAAAGUGUUUUUACUUGCUUGAAGUGUUGAUUAUGCUGUUCUCAUGCUUAGUCAGCAAUUUCAAGCUAUUUGAGAAAUUUCUCCAUUAAGGGAUAUGACAAGCUUAUCAUCUUUCCUAGUUAUGAAUGGAGAAAUUUCUCAAAUGGCUUAAAAUUGCUAAUUUAAGACAAGAACAACUCAAGCAACACUUCAGGCAAGAAAAAAAGACCUUUAUAUAUUUUAUUAAGUUUUUCAAUACUUAAUGCCUGUAUUGGCUCUCCAUAACACAACCAGUGUACAUGCAUCCUAAUGAUAUGUGAAAUAUCAUAUGUUAAAACUAAAUGGACAAAAAUAAGAACCUUUAGUCCACUUAGUGCUAGUGUUAAUAUGGCUUCUGCUAAUUAAGGUAGAGAGUAUCAUUUGGAUAUAACUAAAUUUAUUGCCAUCUCAUGACUCCUCUGUUACUAUUUGUCUCAUAGGGUGGUGCAUUGCUAUCAUCAACCAGUGGACCAGGAUAUCACAUUAUGAUUCCAUUCUUAACAAUGUUCCGCUCAGUGCAGACUACACUGCAGACUGAUGAAGUAAAAAAUGUCCCAUGUGGAACAAGGUUGGUAGAAUUGUUAAAUGAUUUGCAAACAUGACUUAAUGUUUAAAGGAGGUACGUUUCUAAAGAAACUGUGGUGCUGGGUUUGUGGGGGAGUAUAAUAAGGUCUUAUCCACUGAUUUGACAAAGUAAACUGGCCACUAUGAGGAGUUUUUAAGCUGACAUUUCAAGUGUUAGCCCUUGUUCAUAGUAAAUAAGAGAGGACUAGCUCUCAAAAUAUCAGCUUAGAAACUCUUUUGAUCAAACCAAAUGACUUGAUGUUUGAACUGUUAGUGUUGUGUUUGGUUUGUACAGAAGGUACAUAGUCAACAUAAGGCGAAAGAAAACUAUUCAAGUUCAGGGUAAAUUCAGGGAUUUAUGUUGAACCACUGAAAAUUGAAAGUUUUUUUUAGAAAGUCAAGAAUAGAGAAAGGUUGGUGAGAAAGGCACCUGUCCACCUAUUAAUGCCAUCAAUGGCAGGAAUGAGUUUCAGUGUUUUUGAUUAAACAAUUUUUCUAGCAGUUUGAAAAGGACAUUAUUUAUCUUUCAGUUUCUAUGUUGUUUUUUUUUUCAGCCUGUAAUAUAAAUGAGUUUUUGAGACUCUUUGAACUUUUGUUGCAGUGGAGGAGUUGUCAUCUAUUUUGAUCGUAUAGAAGUUGUUAAUAUUCUUGAAUCUUCAUCAGGUGAAAAAUUAAUUUUUUGAACUUACAUUAUAGCAAUGUGCUUGCCAUGUUUGAUCAAGGACUAUCUCAUUUCCUUCUCUAAAAUGAUCCCCUGUUGGGGGAAAAUUGUAAGCAGAAUCUCAAAAUGGCCAUAGUGUGACAAUUAUUUUCUUGAACAGGAAAAAUAAUUUGCAAUUGCUUAAUAACAGCCCAAUGUAUUAUUCAAAAACAAUUUGUCACCCCAGGCUAAGAAAUUGUUGUCAUGUAAUCCCCCUGUCAGAAGUUAGUUUACACAAACUUGUAUUGAUCAUUAUCAAUUGGUAAUUCAAAGUUCAUGUAAAAUAGAAAUGGCUUGGAAAUACAUUUUUGACUAUGUCACAUUUUCAUGUUUUCUUUUUUCAGUAUUUGAUAUUGUCAGAAACUACACAGCAGAUUAUGAUAAAGCACUGAUAUUUAACAAGAUACAUCAUGAGUUGAACCAGGUGAUUCUUAUUCAUAUGUUUCAUUUAAUUGUAGGUUAAUCAUGUUUUAAAUAGAGCAAAUAACUUAAUAUGAAGUAUAUGAGCUUGAAGCUGUUUAUUUAAUCUGUAUGUCAGUGUAUGGCUGGCUACUGAGAGGCAUGGUACUUCUUUUCUAGAAGCUCCAACAUUUUUGCAGCCAGCUACAUGUACCUGAUGGAGAUGGCCAUCUCAGCAACCCAGUUAUAAGCCUUUGCUUAAUAGGGUAGAAUGAUGGUUAUGUAUAGCAGCAUUUACCUUUUACCAACUUCAUAUAUUCAAAUUUAAAGAGAAACUUCUGACUUUUACUUCAAUGCUUUCAGUUUUGCAGUGCACACACCCUCCAAGAAGUUUACAUAGAUCUCUUUGGUGAGUUCACAAGAUUAACUGACAGAGUUAUUCAUUAAACAAUUUAUCAGUAGUUAAUUUUUAAUAUCAGUCUUGGUUAUUCCAAACAGUGUUUUUGUUUGCAUGUUAAUGUUUUUUCUUUGCAUUAUUUACUUCUUAUGUAUUUGUCACCAGAUCAAAUUGAUGAGAAUCUGCGUACUGCCCUACAGUUAGAUUUGCUGGCCAUGGCACCUGGUUUAAGAGUUCAGGUCAGAAUUAGAGAAUUUUGUUUAAAGAUAGUAGUGACACUGACAAUAAUGAAAUAAUUAUGAUCAUACCUAUAGUAUAGUCAUCAUUUUUUAUCACUGAAUGUUAGGGUAACUCCUCAUGGAAAACUGAAGUACUCUGAUCCAUUGCACCAAUACAUUAUACACCCUGCUUUGCAUCAAAUUGGAGUAUUUGUUUUAUGACAUAUGUUCACUGUAACUUAAAAACCAAUUAAAAUCACUUUGGAUAAGCUUAAUGUUUGUCUUUGUUUUAGGCUGUGAGAGUUACCAAGCCUAAGAUACCUGAGAGCAUAAGGCGUAACUAUGAAGCAAUGUAAGUCAGCAAAAGUUAGUGAUUUCUCUUUAGAAUGAUUUUUCUUGUGAAUUUUUUCUCAUAAUUCACAGUAGAUGUCUUAAAUCUCAUUUAUUCAUAUGAUCAGUAAUGACGGUGCAUAUUUGUCCCAGGAGUAUGUAAACUAUGUAAAUUGUUUUCACAUGAAGAUGACCAUGUUUAAGCAAUGGGCAUUACAUAGCAUCUAUGUAAAGGGCUUUGAUUAAGUGUUGUAAAACCAAAACCAAAGUCAUCGAAAGGCCUAUUUACAGCAAAGGAGAAUUCCACAAAAGGAAAGGUAGAGUUUGCACUUGAGUCAAGUUACCCGUUCAUUUUUUUUUUUUUUUUUCUACAUGUGGCCUGUUUAGCCAGAGCUUGGAUAGUCCAAGGUUUCUGCUGUAAUUCUCUUCUCCCCAGGAUGGGAAGCUAGUUCACAGCAUCUUACUCCUAGGCAUCUCAUUAGCUUUCUCUGAAAGUUUGCCUGUAGUACCCAUUUUAUGCCCUGCGUUGGAUAGAGGUCCUGUUAGAGUAGAGUGCCUUCCCCAGAAACACGACACAAUGACUCAGCCGCAUCUAACCCUGUACAUUUCCGUUUUACUUGCAGGGAAGGAGAGAAGACCAAGCUGUUAAUUGCUCAACAAAAACAAAAAGUGGUUGAGAAAGAGGCAGAGACAGAGCGCAAGAAAGCUGUUAUUGGUAUUUAGCAUUUAAAGUCACUUUUAAAAAAGAACAGAUUAUAACUUAAAUAAUACAGUUACAUGACUUUGGUUUCUUUGUACCUGUAAAACAGAUUUUUCCCAUCUAAAUGAAAGAUUUUACUCAAUGUUAUUAAUGAUGAAAUUGCUAAUUUUUGAUGGAUCAGCACACAACACAAUGACUUAUUCAACAGGUCUUGUUUAACCUUUUUCAUAACCAAAAUCCAGGCUUAUUGUGCUGUGUAGAAGCUAUUGUCAUGUUCUCUUUUGGGUUUGAACUUAACCAAUGAUGUUUAAAGUGACUGCCUGAUAAAGGCAACAACUCCAAGAAUGGAUGCCAUGAGGGUUUUUAAAUCGCAUUUCCACAAAACAGUUAACUUUCCUUUCAAUAUUUUGCCUACAAUUGGUUUUGAUUUCAUAUUUGUUGCCAUAACUCAGAGGCUGAGAAGGCUGCUCAGGUAUCCAAGAUUCAGUUUGAUCAGAAAAUAAUGGAAAAAGAGAGCCUUAGGAAAAUGUCAGAGAUUGAGGGUAGGUGUUGUUGUUUUUAGUUGUGUCUGAUCAUUUGUUGAGUUUGUUGCCACAUUGUAUGUAAGUUGUGGAUAUUCCUGUGUCAAGUGGUUGUGUUUCUUGAAUUUAAAAUAGGAAAUAACUUUAUCAAUCCUUGUUGUCAAGUGCACUGAAAAUUAAUCAGGUAGAGGUAAUUUUUGGUCAUGAAUAACAUAUGACAAGAAACUAGCAUACAACUAGUGGGACUUCAUUGAAAGUAAAAUGGGCUUAUUGCUUUCAUUUUUUUUUUGUUAAUUGUUCUUUCAAAUUCCUUGAUUUCUUUUCAAGCAACAUUGCAUCUUUGAUUAUCUCAGCUGUAAGAGGUACCACAACAUAAGAUAUUGAUCCUAUAGGCCAGCAUACAAGUAUUAUAAAUUUAUUUCCAGGAAGCAUCAAUAAUAAUAAUGAUGGCUGCUUAGAAUUGUUGCUUAUAUCUUCAAUAGUCAUGGUUACUUUUUUUAUAGUUUAGAAGAGGAGUGGAGAGUUUGGGAUACUAUAACUAAAGUUUUUGAGAAAUGGCCCUUUAAGGAAGAUCUUGUACAUUUUGCUGUUUUGCUCGUAGAUGGUGCCCAUUUGGCUCGCAUGAAGGCAAGAGCUGAUGCUGAAUUCUACACUGCAGUUAAACUCGCAGAGGCCAACAAGGUAAAUCCGAUGUUUACAUCUACUGUUUGUAGGAACACUUAGCAAGGAUCACAGCUAGGGCAAAAAUGACCAGAGGGGUGAGAUGGAAACUUAUUAAACGCGGUCAGAGCUGCCGAAAAGAUUUUUCCUUUCUCAACCCUUUCGUAUUAUGGCAGUUGUAGCUAUCGUCUUUACUAAUUCCUUUUUUGCUGAAGAUCACUCUUGGGAUGUUCCUUCUAAGUAUAUUUGUGUUUUUGUGCAUGAGACCAAAGGUUGUCUUGCUGAGAGAAUUGACUACCAUUGCUGUUCAAAGUUGAAAGGAAACUCGAGCUAAGUUACAAUUCUCGUUUACUGUUUUUAGCCAGUUUACACACAGUUGUGUUCCAUUUCUCUGCAGCUAAAACUCACACCUGAAUACCUGGAGCAGAUCAAAUUCAAUUCCAUUGCAUCAAAUACAAAGAUAUUCUUUGGUCCCAGCAUCCCGAGCAUUUUCCUCGACAGUAAAAUACUUAGUCAGUCCUCUUCUUUAGAAUCUGCCGCCAAAGAUCAACAGAACACGGUAAGUUGGUGA